CGAAAGCGGAGUUUCUUGUGGAAAACAAGCUGAGCAUUUUGGGAGAAGGCUGAGCGGAGACACAGGACACCAGCAGCUCCUUCUUACUUCGAGUCCAGCAGUCCUGCUCACAGUGGAGGGUGAGUGAUCAUGUUCUAGGAGGAGGACAGCGCCUUCCUGUGGCACACAAGGACAUGGUGAUCUCAAUCUGCCAGGUUGUGGUCACUUAUGUGCCCCUUCUGUGGUUUGUGAGGGUGGUCGAUGGGAUGCCUGACCCCGCCCAGAGGGACCUGCUGAUGCGUCAGGAGGCAUCCAGACAGACCGGAGGCCAAGUGACGCUGACAGCGGCCGAGGAGAAGCUGGGUGCUUACCUUCAUCGGUUAAAGGAGCAAGAGAUGUCUGCUGCCCAGUUCCCUCCUGCUGUCCACUUCUUCAAAGCGAAGCCGCUCAUUGAGAAGAGUUUGAUCUUCAAACUGCUGCAGAAGAUGCCUAAAGGUGCGGCCCUCCACAUCCACAGCUCAUCUCUGGUUAGCGUCGAGUGGCUGGUGAGAAACGUCACCUACAGACCUCACUGCUACAUCUGCUUCACGUGGGACAACUCGGUCCGCUUCCUGUUCUCCGACCGCCAGCCUUUCCCACGGUGGGACUGCUUCUACUGGCAGCUGCUGGAGACUUUGAGGGCCAAAGUCGGAGACCCCGUGGGCUUUGACAACAGUUUAAUGCAGCACCUCACUCUGUUCACCGAGGAUCCAGAUGGUGAGUACCCAAACCAAGAUGUUGUAUGGGAAAAGUUUGAGAAAGCCUUCAUCGCAGCUGCAGGGCUCAUCACUCAUGCUCCUGUGCUGAGGGACUACUUCUACAAGGGUCUGGAAGAGCUGCACCGAGAUAACGUCAUGUAUCUGGAACUUCGGAGCGGCCUCUCAAGGACGUAUGAGCUCGAUGGAACCAUUCACGAUAGAGUCUGGACUCUGAAAAUGUUUCAAGAAGUUACAAAGAAAUUCAUAGCAGAUCAUCCGGACUUUCUUGGGGCUCGCAUCAUCAUUUCCGUCCACAGGGCUCUGGGUGUAUCUGAGGUCAAAGCAGCUGUAAAAGAGGCCAUUCAGCUGCAGAGGGACUUCCCAGAUGUUAUUGCAGGAUUCGACAUGGUUGGCAGGGAGGACAGCGGGAGGACUCUGUGGUACUUCAGGGAGGCACUUUCUCUGCCAGCUGAACUGGGUGUCAGGCUGCCGUACUUCUUUCAUGCAGGCGAGACAGAUGAUGAGGGCACCGAUGUAGAUCAAAACAUUCUUGAUGCCCUGUUGUUCAACACCAUGCGCAUUGGGCACGGCUAUGCCUUGGCACACCAUCCGCUUGCCAAAGAGCUCUCUAGGAAAAGAGAGGUGGCUGUGGAGCUGUGCCCCAUCUCAAACCAGGUGCUGAAGCUGGUGUCGGACCUUAGGAAUCACCCUGCCGCUGUGCUGAUGUCUGAGGGCCACCCGAUGGUGAUCAGCUCCGAUGACCCAUCUCUGUUCGGCACCACAGGCCUCUCCUACGACUUCUAUCAAGCCUUUGUGGGCAUUGGAGGACUGAAAGCAAACCUGGGUACUCUGAAAGAACUGGCUGUCAACUCCAUCAGGUACAGCUCACUGCCAGCUCACCUCAAAGACACGGGCCACGUCAUGUGGCAGAACAAAUGGGAUGCUUUUAUUGCUGAUAAUUCGUGACAGCCAUACUACAAUGGAUCCUGUUUGACUUGAAUCAUGUUUGCUUUAGUUUGGCACUAAUACAAACACCUAUGGGCCAUUACCAGCCUUUAUUUAAAGUAUUUCAAAUUCAAUGCAAAGUGCCUCCUUGGGGCUACUAUAUCUAUGUAGAGGAAAGGCUGAAAACACACCAUGACGGCUUUUGGAAGGGUGUUCUGGUGUGACGCAACAAGAUAGGUACUGUAGAUACAUCAAAGGGUAACCAACAGAGAUAGACUGCUCAUAUUAAAGUGUAAAAUAAUUUUUGUUUAACCAGAAACAUUGCGUUAAAUUACUACCAGACUCCGUUAACACAAACGGUAAUUUGAACUUGCAGAACAAAGGAGUCGCUUCAAUACCGCUGCCUCAGUCAGUUUGUUUGUGUUAUUUUGUGCUAUUUUUACUUCUGUAAAUGAAGUAUACUUCAUUUACUUCAAUGAAGUAUACUUCAUUUACUGGAUACUUCCUCCACCACUGAAAGUCAAACAAUAAUACGAACAAACUAACAAAUCGAGGCAGAGUUAUUCCAUCAACUGCCAAGUUCUGUGAGGAAAAAUUACCAUUUUUGUUAAAGGAGUCUGGUAGUGAUAUAAUAACUGUUUUCUAGUUAAACAAAAAGGAUCUAUCUCUGUGUAAGAAUCCUGUCCAAAAUGCAGACUCUUACAAUAACAAUGUGUACAUAUUGCAAAGAUUUUUGACCCGGUCAAUCAUUUACACCCCAAAACAUGGGAAAAUAAGGCCCAGGUUCAAAAAUACUGGAGUUAUCCUUUUACUCUCAUAGAAGCUUCUGAAGUAUUUUUACUUUUCAUGCAAAAUCCUCAAUUCAAAUUCAAUGCAAAAUGCCAAUGUUUUUUUUCCUACAGAUGAGAAAAGCAGUUCACAAGUCAUUCAGUGUCCUCUCAGCAGAGUUUAGUUCAGUACAACAGUAUUCAAAGCCAACCACAGCCAUUUUUUUGUUAUUGUUAUCAGGAAUUUAAAACAGAAACUGUAAUAGCAUUUUAGUGUCCAAAACCAAGAAAAUAGAAAAUCACUACUCAAUGGUAGGUCUUUUUUUGUGUAACAACGUUACAUUUGUAAAAACUAUAUGAUGCAAAAAACAAGAAUUAAAUAAAAAUGAUCACGUCUUUGUGAUCCAGUUCACAACUUUG